AUGUUAGAGAAAACACCGGGAAACCCGCCAAGAGCCACUAAAAAGUCACGCCGAUCCACCAGCCCGAGAGCCAUAGAGCUGAGAAGGCAUCAAAACAGAAUCGCACAGCGAAACCACCGCCGAAGGGUGCAGGAAAUAAACCAGGCUCGAAAACAAGCUGAGAGCAGCACCAUAACAGAAGAGACAGACCAAGAGACCCUGGACGCUAGCAAUACAAACAAGCACCAUUCACGCGGUGGUUCUGAGCAACGCCUGUCCGACAACGACAGCACAGAUAAUCAGGCUUCGCAAGCAGACCCUUCGUCUAUGACCUUUUAUGCUACCCUGCCGCGCACUGGUUUACUAACUAGCGAAUGCAGCAACAUGAUUAUGGCCGAGGACAUGAUGGCUAACCAGGCGCAGAGUGUGUCCUGGGUGGAUCCGAUGGCUAAGCCCAUGCAAGAAAAUGAGAAUUAUAUGCAGCAACCUUCCAUGCCACCUCAGAACUGUACCUGCAGCGCGGCUACAGGACCCUGCAUUGGCCAUAUGGAGAAGAUGCGUAUGGAGCUUCUUGGAGAGAUAAUAUCCCCGAUGCAACUACACCAUGAGCAAUCGCAGCAGCAGCAACAACAGCAACAGCAACAGCAACAGCAACAACAUCCCAAUCACCAUGUAUCUGAUAUUAAUAUGACGAGGUUGCAGUCGCAGCCUUUUGUCACCCGUUAA